ACCCCUUCACCCCUGGAAACCCAAGAUAAUUUCACAUCACAUCCUGGUCACGGCAGACACCUCAAAAUACCACUCAUGCUCAUCUCCACUUGGAGAUGGCAGUGAUUAGUAGAGCCCUGGUGAAUCGGGAUUACUUAAUGUGCUCAUGAAGAAGCAUGUGUUUUUACAUCGCAUAAGGAAAAGGUUUCAUACCUUAUGUCAGUCUGACGGGCUUCCUUUGCAGUCCUGCGCAUUUUCAAAAUGCAUUUGCAGUUAUGCCUUGAGAAAGGGCCCUGGGAGCUGCCCUCCGCCCUGGGAGGCUCUGCAGAAUCAGGUCAGAAUCAGGUCAUGGCUUAGGCAGAUUAGCAAGGCCCUAAACUGACCUCCUAAAGAUCCCUAAUCCUGGGACAGCAGCCAGCCAGCAGGCCCAGGGCCACACAGGUCCCCGCACCCUUUCCCAGGCCCUAGCCAGGGCUGCCAUGGCCUCCCUAUUCUCUGGUCGAGUUCUGAUCCGAAACAACAGUGACCAGGACGAACUGGAUACAGAGGCAGAGCUCAGCCGCAGGCUGGACAACCGACUGGUGCUGCUGUUCUUUGGCGCUGGGUCCUGCCCCCAGUGCCAGGCCUUUGCACCGAUUCUCAGGGACUUCUUCAUUCGGCUCACCGAUGAGUUCUAUGUGCUGCGGGCAGCCCAGCUGGCCUUGGUGUAUGUGUCUCAGGACACCACAGAGGAGCAACAGGACCUGUUCCUCAAGGACAUGCCCAAGAAGUGGCUCUUCCUGCCCUUCGAGGAUGACCUGAGGAGGUGAGGUGGGAGGGGAA